AUGCUUCUUGUCUACAUUCCUUUCGCCACUAUCAACUCACCCUCCCCUUCUUUUCUCUCGGAUUUUUCCUCUUUUUCUUCGUCUCCUUCUGUUUUUCUUCUUUUUCUUUUUUUUCACAAUCUUUAUUCUUAUUCUUCUUCCUUUCGAUUGCCUAAAUACUUUAUUUUUAGCCGUUACAACUUUUUUUUCCUGAUUCAUAUCUUUCUGUCUUUUUUGUUCAUAUCAUUUUCCUCGUUCACGUUUUUUCCUCUCCACUGGCAAGGUAACUACAUAAUUCUCUCGAUUAUCCCUCAUUUCCUUUCUCCCUUUUCUUUCUUUCUUUCUUUCUCUUUCUCUCUUUUCUCUCUCUCUCUCUUUCUUUCUCUUUUCUCUCCCUCUCUCUCUCUCUUUUCUAAUAAAUCUCUCUCUCUCUCUCUCUCUCUCUCUCUCUCUAUCUAUCUAUCUAUCUAUCUAUCUCUAUAUAUCUCUCUAUCUCUCUCUCGUGUAAUUUUCUUUCUUUCUUUCUUUCUUUCUUUCUUUCUUUCUUUCUUUCUUUCUAUACGUUUUUCAUCUUGCAUUGUUUUAAUAUCUUUGUUUCUUCAUUUCGUUUCAAAAGUCUUUCUUUGA